AUGCGUUACUCGAAAGCAGAGUCGCUGUUCGGCGACGAACUGGUGUGGAAAGCUGUUCACGAAAGCGAGAGGAAGGAAAUUUUUGCCGAUGCACUGGAAUUUAUUGAUAAACGUGAGAAGGAAAAUGCAAAAGAGCUGCGUCGAAGGAAUGUACAGGCUUUGGCAGAUAUCUUAGAUGGCAUGCAAGAGAUCACCUAUCGGACAACGUGGGCGCAGGCACAGCGUCUUCUGAUCGAAAAUCCAGCAUUCGCUGAUGACAGCACCCUGCAAGAUAUGGACAAAGAAGACGCACUAAUCGUCUUCGAGGAGCACAUUCGCACCGCAGAAAAGCAUUAUUUGAAGGAGAAAGAUAUGGAGGAGCGCCGAAGACGAAGACAGGAACGAAAAAUACGAGAAGCCUUUCAGGCUUACUUAGUGGAGUUGCAUAAAAGAGGCGAACUGACUUCAAUGUCGCUGUGGAGUGAGCUGUAUCCUGUAAUCUCGGCCGAUCCUCGUUUCGAUGCUAUGUUAAAGCAGUCUGGUAGUACACCGCUUGAUCUGUUCAAGUUUUACGUAGAGGAUCUAAAAAGUCAAUAUGGACAAGACCGGCGAGUGAUCAAAGAAAUUUUAAAGGAAUUGAAUACGACUGUGGAAGUUGGAACAUCAUUCGAUCAGCUCUGUAAAUGGGUACUGUCCAAUGAAAGAGGCAAAAGUGUUGACCCGGGCAACAUGAAGCUUUGCUAUAAUUCGCUGGUGGAAAAGGCUGAAGCUAAAGAAAAAGAACAAGAGCGCGAAGAGGCACGAAAGAGGAGGCGACAUGAAACCAAUUUUCGUAAUAUCUUACGAAAUUUGGUUCCGCCAGUGGAACCGGAUUCGCGCUGGGAAAUAAUACGGCCGAAAAUCGAAAAUCAAGAGGCAUUCAUAGCUGUUGAAACAGAACAACUUCGAGAAAAAUUCUUUAAUGAUUAUACGCAGAGCCUGGCUGAAGCAUGCGGCCAUCACCAUAGUUCGUCGAAGAAAAAGAAAAAGGAAAAAAAGAAGCGUCGCAAGGAAGAAGUAAGUUAUUUUUGA